GCCUGGCCAGGCCAGGCCAGGCCUUAUGUAUAUACUUUCAUUUUAGACAAAACCGCAGCCGUCGCAUGGCUAUAAAAAGCGAAAGCAAAGCGCUGGAUUCGCUCAUAAAGACCGCAAAACUGCAAAAGUCAACUGUGCCCCGUUCCCGUCGCGAGCCAUAAGGAUUAUCCAAAAUACGCAACAAAUAUGGUUAAGCACAUUUACCUGUCGUUGGCUGCAUUGCUCUGCUUGGCCAUUGCUGUGAACGCCGCCCCCGCCAAAGUGGAGUAUGAACUUGUCCAGGACGGUGAUUUUCCAGCUCUGAGAAAAGCCGAGGAGGCACAAAACUCUAGCGCGGAUAGCGAUGCUGAGGACGAUGACGACGAUGAGGAUGAGGUCGAGCAAAAACAGGAUGACGAUGAUGAAGAUGCCGACGAUGAUGAUGCCUCCUCGUUUAUCCGAAGACGCCGCGAGGCUGUCGAGGAACCUGCCAAGGAAACAGCUGAAGUUGUAGCUGAGGCUGUUCCUGCAGCAUCCGUAGAGCCCGCAGCACCCGCAGUUCCCGCUGCUGUUGAGCAAAUCGUUGAGAGCUCCACAACCAUUCCCACCACCAGCUCAGUAACAACCACCCGUAAGCCGGUGCUCGUCCUAAUACGUGAUGCACUUAAAAAGGUCACCGCGGAGUUGCCCACGGAGCAGGUGGCCAACAAUGCCCUGCAGUAUUUCCAGCUGUUCGAGCACUUUAUACAGCAAACCAUCGAGCAGGUUAUUGAUGCUGCCGAUGACGAUGAGGAGGAGCCAGCAGCAACUGCUGCCACCGUCGCAACUGUUACGGAGGAGGAGAAGGACAAGAACCCCGAGAUGCCAGAGACGCAGCCCGAAAAGCAAUCCGAGCUGGCUGCAGCUGUAACUGCAGCUCCUGUCGAAAAUACGGCCCAGCCCGCGGAGCCAGCAAUUGCUAGCAAUGCAGUCUAGGAAUUCCCAGCAAAUACCUCAAACUAUUUAUUUUUACUAUUUAUUGUUAGCUGUAAAAAUGUGCAAAUACACGAAAUUCCUUUAACUGAAA